CUAAUACAGCAAUGCCGAGUCCCGUAAAUACACGGGCCGACAUUCAGACUGCACACAGGAAGACAAUAGUGAGGACUUCUGGUUGGGAGCCCAUAGCGCCACGCUAGGACAUUUCUGAUUAAGGCUGCACCUCCCAGAUUUUGCAACAGUUAGACAACAUGAGCAGCGCAUAAAGUGCAACUGGACAACUGCGACUUAGGGGACAGCUUUGGCCUAUCCACUUCUUUCACUGCCAACACUGUCUUGUGUUUGGUGUGUGUUUGGUGUAGCAUCAGUGAAGGAGCUUUUUUCAGCAUCUUGCAUCCCUCCAUCACCAAAAUAGACAGGAAACUAUGAAAGGAGACACCCCUGUGAAUAACACCCUUAGCGUUGGACAGGCAAGGAAGCUUGUUGAGCAGCUCAAGAUUGAAGCCUCCAUGUGUCGCAUUAAGGUUUCAAAAGCAGCAUCAGACUUGAUGGCAUUCUGUGAUGCUCAUGCCUGUGAGGACCCACUGAUCACGCCAGUGCCCACAUCUGAAAACCCAUUCAGAGAGAAGAAAUUCUUCUGUGCCCUUCUGUGACCCAUCUUACCUUUAGAGGAACCCACCUACUAUACUCUCUCCAGCAAUCCCAAUCAGAUAACUACUAUACUUCUUAUCUAAAAUCAAAGAUCUCCCCCCUACUUUUAUUUACCAAUUAAGUAAUUUAAAAGAAAUCUGUCACCAAACGGGACAAGGUAAAUACAGUUGUCAUCAGUGUCACCUGCACUACCUGUCUGUACUGAAGUGACACUGAUAACAGAUUUCCUUUAAAUGUUUACUCUCUUCUUCCACAGCAUGAAAAAUUAUUGGAUCUCAAUCUAAAGGGGACUAGAGACACAAGCAGUAUUUAUUUGUAAAUGAUACCAACAUUAAUGAAUAAAUACUAGUGAAACAAGA